AUGUUAAAGAUGAGAUUAUUAUUAACUUGGGUGCUACUAGUGCUACCAUUGGUCAAUGCUUUAAAGUGUGCCAACAAUAGAGUUUUAAGAAAGUAUCAUAUUGACAAGCAUUCUGCAAAGAAGAGUGUAGCAAGAGAUACUCCUCCAAGUAAAACUACUGAAAAAUGGUAUGUUAACCCUUGUGAAGAACAUCCUGCUGAUGAUAUUUAUGAUGGUUGCGAUAAAUCUGAUGAUAUUUGUGGUAUCGUAAUGGUCGACCUACCUGUAUUCAAUAAAGACCCUUUUGUAAUUAAAAGAAUUGAAGCUACCGAUAUGGCUAGUUUCACAGCUACUGAAGAAAGCAAUGCAUUGGUUUUAAGAUAUACUGGUAUCAGUUGGGGACAAAACAUGGUCGCUGCAAAUAUUAGAUACUUCUGUGACAAAAAUUCAAAUGAAGAUGAAAUUACUUCAAGUAUUUGGGCUAACAAUGACAUUUCCAUCAUUAUUAAAGGUCCUUCUGGUUGUAAAAAGGAUAGCAGCGAACUUGAGGAUGGUGAUGUUGAAGAAUCUAGUGGUUUAUCAUGGUUCACUUGGUUAUUUAUUUAUGCUAUCUUUUUCACUGUUGUAUAUUUAGUCGUUACCUCAUACACCCAAACAAGAGGUGGAAGUAUCGAUGACUUCCGUCAUGACUUUGUUGAACGUGCAAAACAAUUCUUCACUUCUUUACCUGCAUUCGUUAGAGAAGUUGUAUCAAAAGUUUUAGGUAGUGCUCCUAAUGCCGCUGAAAGAGGAGGUUACAGUGCUGUUUAA